AUAAAUCUUUUCAGUUGAGUUUGGAACGCGUAACCGUUAAAACGUACCGACCUCUUGGAGCGGAAGUUUCAACGUAUUUUUUUUCCUCGAUUUUUUGCGCCUGAUUUGAAUAUUUUUUUGCGAAAAUAUGCAGCGUUUCCAAGUGUGCAGUGUCCUGAUCCUGGCAUGGAUUGCCUGUGGACAUGCUCUGGCCGUGGGAUCCCCGGAGUGCCCGGAGAAGUACGGAGUGCAGGCGUACGCCCACACGGAGAACUGCGACCAGUUCUUCCUCUGCACCAACGGAACCCUCACCCUGGAGACCUGUGAGAACGGACUCCUGUUCGAUGGAAAGGGGGCCGUGCACAACCACUGCAACUACAACUGGGCGGUGGACUGCAAGGGUCGCCAGUGGGAUCCCACUCCCAUUUCCACGCCGGCCUGCGAGUACCAGUUCGGUCUGUAUGCCGUCUCCAAGGACUGCUCCACCACGUACAUCAAGUGCGUCCACGGGGAGCCCCACGAGCAGGAUUGCGAUGCCGGUCUGGCCUACGACGAGAGGAUCCACGGAUGCAACUGGCCCGAUCAGCUGCUGGACCACUGCAAUCCCGAGGCUGUUGUCGGCUUCAAGUGCCCCACCAAGGUGGACCCGAACUCGGUGGCCGCCCGCUUCUGGCCCUUCCCCCGGUUCCCCGUCUCCGGCGACUGCCACCGGCUGAUCACCUGCGUGGAGGGACAUCCCCGGCUGAUUAGCUGCGGCGAGGACAAGGUCUUCGAUGAGCACACGCUGACCUGCGAGGAUCCGGAGUACGCCAGCGGAAGCUGCGCCAACUACGGCAAAUAGGGAAGCCCGACCGCCCUGUACAUACAUGCCCGCUAGCACCAUACAGUGGGGACUCGAUUGUGUGAACGCUCGAAUUAAAAACACAUUUCUCUGCUGCACACUUUGAGUUGUUGUUUAAAAUCCGUCUCUUUCCUCUGCAGUGAUCAUCCGUUGUUUUUUCUUGUUCGCCAAUGCGAGUUUGCACUGUAUGUGUGCAAGGAUCGAAGCUCCCUCAAAAUACUCCUCCUUUCUCUAUCUGAAUCUUGCCUGCACUGUAAAAAAAAAACUUAACCUUCUUGCUUGUUAACCAUCUCUCCGUCUUUUCGUUUCUCUUUCUGUAUUAUUAACUUGUUUGUUGUUUGGUCUCUUUUGUAUAUGAAUCGCAAUAAAGUUAAUUUUAUUUAUUGUA